CUGAAUUGCAAAUCUGAUACCCCCAGAAGCUACGCAUUAUGUGUAGCAAGUGGGCGCAACACGUUUUCUGAAUCCGGUUCCGGUGUGCCGACGACACCGAUGCCCGUGCCCACAGACUGAUCAGAGGGCUUUUACCCGAACAGCACCGAAUUGUAGCAGCUGAGAGACGGAUGCGGAGCGAGGCUCGUCAAAUCCAGAGGAUUUCUCACGGCUCACGGACUAGAAUGCUCUUCUCUGUGUAUCCCCAUGAACGGAUGACAACCUCCAAACAAACCUAUACUGAAAACUUUCAGCUGUCCGUUUGACGCGGGGGUGUUAUUGAGAUUUCUCUCCCCCCCCCCUCCUUCUCACCAGAUUCAAGAAAGAGGCAUCAUGCAGGUGCAAACUGUGGGCUAACGUUACUGAUAUGACUUGCUGGGCGCUGACGCGUUUCAUUGUGCCAUGACAACCCUGCAUUGUCAGAUGCCAUUUUACUCUGCGCUAUCCCAGCGUCUGGAAUUCCAACAUACUGGGCCUGUUGUGUAAUUAGAAGUUCGUGAGGCAGUAGCAAACAAGCUGGUGCAAUGAGGGGCUACGCUGUCCAAGACACUGUGCGCAAUUUGUGCUGAAGCUUAUGGGUCCUGCGUACUCAAGCUCCCGGCUUCCACUUGGAGAGGUGUGCAGCGGGGCUACAGCGCACUGGCUGUCGGCUUCACAUCUGGACCGCUUGGCUACUGUCAUCUGCGGCCUGUUCGGACCGUGCACACCCUGAACUUGUGUGUUUUAAGGGGGACUGGCUGUGAUCGCCUCGGAUGCGGAUGGUGUCGUGUUAGGGAGAACGGGGGGCUAUUAGGCUGGGAGUUGACGUUAUAGGUGAUCCACUGGAACACCGAGAUCCAAAGCUGGACUGGCUGACUACUCGAGAAAAAAACUGCUUAUCCCAGCUAUGGAUUUUCCGUAGCAAAGUCACGCAUUUUUAAAGGCAACGCUAGGGUGACACUGCAGUCUUCUCGCCACAUCGGUUAUUUCGUCGUCCGACAAAAAAUAAAAGAGUGAAAGUGGAGUAUUGUCCGUCGUACGUAUCAACGCAGUGGGAUUUCUACGUCUGGUCGGCGUUCCCCCCCACCCUUCCCGCGGUGACGGUUAUGGGUCGGAAGCGGUGUGUCGGUGCAGAUUGUUCCAAGAUGGCGGCCGGGUGCUGCGGGGUGAAGAAGCAGAAACUGUCGGGAUCGCCCGGAUCAGGGGGUCCCGGCGGGGUGGGGGCGGGAAGCGGGGUGGCAGGAACCGGACAUUGUGGCUCGGAGCUGGGGAUUGGCUCCUCCGCGACAGUUGCAGCGGCGGCGAACGUGAGCCGAGCCAACGGCCUGGGGGGACCCGGGGGUAACGUUAGCGGCAGCAGUAGUAGUAGUGGUAGCAGCGGCACAAACGCUCUGUCCCCAGCCCCGGCCGGAUAUAAUACAUCCGGCCUCUCCCCGAAUCUCAGCCCAGGACCUGGUUCGGGAAGUGGAGGCAGAAAAAUGGUCGUUUCGGCGGAGAUGUGCUGCUUCUGUUUUGACGUGCUUUAUUGCCAUCUGUACGGAUACCAACCUCCGAGAACACCCAGGUUUACAAAUGAUCCCUACCCGCUGUUUGUCACAUGGAAAAUAGGCAGAGACAAGCGGUUGAGGGGUUGUAUAGGUACAUUUUCUGCCAUGAAUCUGCACUCAGGACUCAGGGAGUACACCCUUACCAGUGCCCUUAAAGACAGCCGCUUCCCCCCUAUGACAAGGGAUGAGCUGCCUCGCCUCUUCUGCUCAGUGUCUCUUCUCACCAACUUUGAAGACGUCGGUGAUUACCUUGACUGGGAGGUGGGUGUUCACGGUAUUAGGAUAGAAUUUUUCAAUGAAAAAGGAUCAAAACGCACCGCCACCUACCUACCAGAGGUUGCAAAGGAGCAAGGUUGGGACCACAUUCAAACCAUAGAUUCCUUACUACGAAAGGGAGGUUACAAAGCUCCCAUCACAAAUGACUUCAGGAAGACCAUUAAGUUAACCAGGUACCGUAGCGAGAAGAUGACGAUGGGCUAUGCAGAGUACAUCGCCCACCGCCAGCACCAUCACUACCAGAAUGGCAUUGGGCACCCUCUACCACCCUACAACCAUUAUUCCUGACAGCGAGCCGCAUGACCAAUCAUUGGACCUCUCCGCGGACCUUUUCCCAGGAGAGCCCGCCCCCUCCUGGUCUAGCUAUUUCUACUACUGUACCAUUUUAUGAUGAUAGUUUCCGUUGCCAUGCUGGCCGUCUCCCAGACGUUGACAUGGCAACGGGUGGCAACAAAGCGUUAUUUGAUUCUGACAAGAAAUCCACACGUUUCCUUUUCUUUGCCUGUGGUUACGUUUUUGCAGCAUAUGUAUUCCUAUAUCUGUAACCCCCCGUUCAUUCAUAUUUUUUGAAAUUUAAUCAAACGUUAGAUUUUAUUAAUCUUUUCAGCGAACCUAAUCAGGUGUUUAAGUCUGUGGAUGGAAGGAAGUCUCUUCGAGUGGAUUAGUCUCGCGCUUCUAUUGUUUAGGCUUUGCUACAAUUUUUACAUUUACUAAGAAUUUUCUUUUUUUCUUAAUCUUUACGUUAACCUACUCUUAAACAUGUAACACCAUGUAGCAAGGCAACUGCAGUUUUCAAAGGCUGUCGUCUCUUCUUGAUUCCUCUCAAAAAAACAAAACAAAACAAAAAAAAGACUGAGGUUUGUUUUAGCUUGUAAACUCUUGUAGUGUUGUAGUUGGAACUAUGUAUUGGAAUAUGUAUACUCCAAAGUAUAGAUGGUAGGAUUGUGGUGCCUCUUGACCAGCUUUUGCUGGCAAUAUUUAUUGAUUGAGCUCACAAUCGUGUGUGUGAUAUCUGUGUGUGGAUAUAGACAUUGGUCUGCCACAAGACAAAAAACUAGUAGAAAUUGGAUGAUACUUAAAGAUUCCCUUACAAAAGAGUUUGGAAACCUCCCCCUCAGAGUAUUUGUAGUGUUUUGUUGUGGAACCUCUAAACCAUGAACAGCUGUGUCCCUUAUCGGUUUUUGUUUUAAUCUUUUUUUUUUAUUUUUUUUAUCUCUUUCAAAUUUAAAGUAACUGCUGGAGAAAGCCAUUUUGUCCAGGGAUAAUCGUGUCACCGUGAUUUAUUAAUAAACAGUGUAAAAUUCUCUGCAUUGGAGAGGGGGAGCGGGCACAACUACAGGUCCCUACAGAGGGGAGGAAAAACACCCCAUAAAAGCAUGGCUGAGUAAUACUUAGAUUUAAGUUGAACGUAUGUGUUUGUUUCUGAGUUUACUGGCAGGGAGUCACUUGACAGGGACAUGCUAUAACUACUCAAAGCCAUAAUCUCUUCUCUCUAUUCCACACUUUGUAGUCCGUUGUUUGGUUUUGCAUUCUUUAACCUCUGGUAGAUGUAUCAAGUCUCCAGCUUCUGAAUGCAAAACCAGUUUCGAGACAGACCGCAUCACUUGAUAUACUUGUCAAACCAGGCGGGUUUAGUCAUUUGCUGAAUGUGCUGUAUGUUGCCCACGCUAAUGGGGAAAGAUUGUCUCGUCUCUUUACAUUAUAGCUAACAAUGGUCACUCGUCCACAAAGUAUUAUGUAUCAAAGCUGUCAUUUUGAUCCAUUGAAGACGCACAAAGGAAGUGAUCUCAUUACCAUGUUUGUGUCAUGUAGAAGUUCAUGUCAUUGUGCUGUUUAGACUAGUGCAGCCAGUCAACGUAGUUGUUGAAACCGCACUACUGCCAUUCUGCUCCGGUACUUCACUCUUUAGAGAGAUCCCAUUGAUCCUGUUUGUGUGUCCACGGCGCUAGUAACGUUUUUGUCAGCUUGUACGGGCAGUCAGGUUGAAGCAAACACAGUUGAAUUAGUUGGAACAGAUUCUCUGCACGGGGCUCAGUGGCUUGCAGUCGAGGUCUACGUAUAUAUGAAAAAGCCUACACAUAAAGACUCAACAAGCCAUCUCCCAUCCAGAUAUUUACUUGCUGUGAGUCUCAUCCGCACACACACUAGGAUAGUUGGCUUUACUUGUCAGAACGUUUGAGCCUUGGAGGAUCACCGUGCGGGUCGCUUGUUUCGGGUUUUAGUUCGCUAACUGGAAUUUUUGAGAGGUUCUUGUUACUUGACCAACAUCUUUCUUUGUAACAGCCUUUACUAACUGACAGGUAUUUUUUUUUCUUUAUGCAAAAAUGUCAAGGGCUUUUGGCACUCCAUCCACAGUAACCCGAAAUGACCCAGAUUUCAGUUGUGUUGCCUUAAAUGAAUGAUUUAAAGAAAGGAAAAAAACAAUGGACCAGUAGAUGAUGCCCUGAGUGUCCCUCUGUCGCUCUUCUCUUUUCCAUCAUCACACCACAGCGUAGGAAAGAGCCUAACAUGACGUUUUCUUGCUUUUGAAUGCCAGUGCUCUCUCUAAGAGGGAAGCUGGAUGCCCGCAGCCUUCAGUUUUUUCACCCAGCUGGUGAAAAAAAAACAAAAAACCCAACCCCUGCUCUUAAAGGUGACGUCAGCCGCUGUGGUGUUCAAACUGCGUCUCCUUGUACACUACAUGACGAGGAGGAACAGCCAGGUGGUCAUUUCCUGGUCCAUUUAAACACAGCACAACCUGAAUUUUUCUGCUGCAAAACCAAAUUGACCAUGCUCUUUUACAUAUGUCUUUGUAUACACAUGCAAUGUAUUUUGUUGCAUGUAUGUAUGAGUAUGAGACCUAUGGUUUUAUCCAUGAUAUGCUUGAUCUAUGGCUUACACACUCUUAUUAACCAUUAAGAGAUUUAAGACAAAUAUGGUGCUAUCUGACCUCAUAUUGGGGUGGUCACAGCUCGUGACUGGUCAUGCGGACUCAUUGAUCAUAUCAUACUUAAAGAUGAUACAUGUAAGAUUUUCUCUUUAGUACAUUCCUGUGAAAUGAGUCAUGACGGCACAUUUUAAUACCGAAGUAUGAUAGUCACCAAUUCAUACAGUAGCCCCCAGCAACCUCUGCUUUCACGAAGUUCACUGUGGGUUAUUUUGGGAUCAAUUCCCUAUGGGAAAUACGGAAUAUAGUGAAGAAGGAAAAGUCCCAGAAGCAACAUGUUACAGGGGCUAUGGAAUGUACUGUCAGCGGUCGUUAUUACAAUUUACCAGUGAUAUAUUAAGAGAAAAUCUUACAUGUUUUACCUUUACUAUCCUUGAUAUAUGCAGAUCUGUUCAACAGGUGUUUUUAUUUUGUUUGUAUUUUGUUUGUUUUUGUUUAGUUUUUUUCCUACCAGUGCAAGUCAACACCCCUUGCAGGUUUGAAAGGACAAGAAGUCACAAGUUAACCUCAUUCCCCUUGAUUGCUCCCUACACUGUGGCCCAGCCUCAUGGCCUAGUUUGUCAAGGUGUGUGAUGUAUGUCGUUCGGUAGAUGGUGACAGUAGUCGUGGUCGUCUUUAGCCUCCUCCUGCAAAAUUUGAUGCUGUUUUUUUUUUUUUUUUUUUUUUUUUUUUUUUUUAAAACAACAAAUCCUCAGUUUUUCUUCUAGCUGCUGAAUCGUUUGACCUCCUCAAAGAGUAAAGUUUGAGUUGUUGACUAGUGAACGAUCCUGUUUUUUUUUUUGUUUGUUUUUUUUUGUAAAGCCACGUUGAAGGAAAGCAUCUCCUAAAAUGGGACGGAGAGUUAAUAUUUUACGUAAGGACAGAAAACAGUCCUGCUUCUGUACUGGUUUAACUGUUUAAAGCAUUAAUACCUCAUGGGAUCUUAUGGAACGACAUUUGUAGUUUGUCUGUAGCAGAUUGUGUUUUGGUUCCAUACCAGGGUUAGAGUUCAGCCUCAGCAUUCCUUGCGUGGUCAUUCUCAUAUUUCGUGGAAUGCUCAAGCUCGUGUUACCUUCGUAUGUUUGACUGAACCAAAGAUGCCAGCGGCCAUGCCCAAAUGCUGCUCUUCAGGCCUGGCUUCCUGUCCUUCCAAAAAAACAAAACAAAAAAACCCUGCAAUUGACAAAAUGUUUUGUCUUCUUUUUUUUUUUCUUUCUUUUUUUUUUUUCUUUUUUUUUUUUAAAUGUGCGAUUUUUCUCAACUGUCUUGACUUAAUAAGCAACCCAAUUUUUCAAUGAUUUUUUUUCAUUGACUCUAUCUCUGAAGCCGUAAUUGGCCUCAAGGAUGGUUAAAAAUGGUUGCAAGUUGUUGUUACUUGUUUUGUUUUAUUAAUAUUAUUAUUAUUAUUAUUAUUAUUAUUGCUAUAAUUUUCAAAAAUGAAAAUCCCAUGGUGUGCCUCCUAGCUUUAUGGGUUUAUAAAUGUUUUUGUUUUUUUCCCUAAAGACCAGCAGUUAUACUUUGUAUGAACUAUGGAUUUAUUCCUUAUUUUUUAUGCCAUUAAAGAUGAAAAAGCCUGUUUUCUGUACUCUGGACCCAGUAGCUGCACUGGUAUACAAUCGCACUGAUAGAUGAAUUUAGAAAAAAAAAGAAGAAAUGAAUCAAUAAUAAUAAUAAUAAUAAUAAUAAUAAUAAUAAUGAUAAUAAUAAUGACAAAAGAAAUAAGAACUACAAUAAACUUGUGUUUGAAAGUUUUAUUAUAAAAAAAACUAAGAAAAAGAGAAAAAAAGGAAAAUGACUGUUUUUGUACAUCAAAAUAAAUUCUUUUCAAAGGAAUAUUUUGGAUCUAGUUUCAAAAUUAUUUUAGUGGUUUUCUAUGUUCUGAAUUUUUGAGACACUGACUUCUUAAGACGUGUCACUGUACAAAAUGACUUUUUUCUGUUGCAGUGGCCUGAUGGGCUGGGAGGGUUACCUGGUGUAACUCCUCAUACCAACUUUUAUUUCAUUUCUUUAAAAAAAAAAAAAUAAAACAUUUUGGAUCCUUUUUUUUCCCCUUCUGCUUUAGUAACUUGACAAAUUGUUGAUGGAAUAAUAUGAACUGGGAACUUCAAAUCCAACCCCUGUAGAGCUAGACCCUUCCUUUUUUCCUAUUGAAUUGCUGUUAGUGUGACAAGACUUGAAAUGGGCAUUUAUUAUGAUAGUAUGACUCAAUAAAAAAAUAAACACAAAAAAAAAAAAAGAAAUUAGCAAAAAAUUGCAAAAUACAAGUGUGGGGAGGGUUGAAAGAAUAUAUAUAUAUAGAUGGGUUAUCUGAGUAUGUAAGCAAUGGCUGUGAAGAUCAUGUAGUUUUAAACAUUGUUACCUUUUAAAAUCAU